AUUGCUAUCUGCUUCAGCAUCAUCUCCUGUACCGCAAUAGGAAAUGAACCAUUUAAGAAUGACAGCCAUCUAAGAAGGAUACUUCGGGGGAUGCAUCAAUUCAAUAGGGGAGGUGAAAAAAAGCAAGAAAUGGACUUCUAGUCUGGUAGUUGCCUAACUCUUUGGAGGUACCGAGUACCCAGGAAUCCCAUUGGGAGCUGUAGGAGCUCAGCACAUUGAAAAUCCAACCUCCUUUAUUUAGAUGCCUGAAGAUUGGUUUAGGAGCCUAACUUUAGGCAUUUAUGGUCUGUAGCUUUUAUUUGUUACUUAAUCUUUUUUUAAAUUGUAUUUAUCAGAUGCUUUUUUGGGCAUUUAAAAAAAAGGAUAAAAUUAUGAAAAACAAAUUUUAGGUUUAUUAUUAUUAUUAUUUAUUUAUAAUUGUGGUGAGUUAGUGGAUUGCAGUAGUGCUCAGAAGUUCCAGUCAAGGAAUGCCAUUGAGAAGGGCAUUGGACACACAUGCACGCAUGUACCCCUCCCCCCCACAGAGUCAUGUCUCUACCCCACAUAGUAAUGACUAUUUUAACUAUUAAAGCAUGGCCAGUGAGGUUUAGGCAGAGCGUAAUGAUUACGGUUCCCAGUUGUAGGUUAAAGUCCAUAAAACUCCACCCAAGCAAACCUUGUAGAACAGGCCUUUGUAGCAUAUACACUGGAAAGACCCCACAAAAUGUCCCUGUUUUUCAGUGUUGGGAAUGGUUAGCAAAGGUGGCUGAGACACCCUAAUGAUUUCCUGCACCCUCUGGGAGCUCAUGCCCAGGAUCACAGAACUCUGGAGGGUGUUGUCGUCUUUCGGUAAAACUCAUGGAAAACAGUCAGUUAUAUCGUGGCCCAAAGGCCCCCGUUCGGAGAAGCAUCCCUCUUCAGGGAGCACUCACUGGAGGCAAAGUGUUUUCCUGAUCUGGGGCCUCCCAGCCUGGGUGGACAGAUUUAGGGUAGCGGGGCUCAGGCUAGCAUGCUAAAAAUAACUGUAUAAACAGUGCUUUGAAGUUGUGGCUCAAGCUCUAAAGCCUGGGGUGGGGUGGGUUGGGCGUCAGAGCCCAAGCUCCAACCUGAGCAGCAUCUUCAAAGUACUGUCUACAUAGCUAUUUUUAGAACGCUGGCAUGAACCCCCCCCCUAGCUCGGAGCUGUUCACCCAGGCUGGGAGGCUCGCUGUUGGAGAUGGUACAGACAAACCCAAAGAAUGCCCCAGUGGCGCACAGCAUUGGAUCAAUGCAGGAGCAUUCCGUGGAAGUCCCAACCCCUGGCAAAGAAAGCCAAAUACGCCAUUUUUUUUAAAAAAACAAAAUUUGCAUAAUACUCUGCAAAUUCUCUCAUGCCUCAUCCGGAGAGAAGCUCACUUGGUUUGUUAUCACAUCAUGCAGCUGAAAAUUAGCAACUGAAUAUUUGCUCUCUCUCAUUAGCAAUGGCUAAUUAUGGGCCUUAGUCACAUAACUGACCCACCAAAGUCAGUGGGGCUGCUUAUGUGAGUGCAGACUACUCAUGUGAGUAGAGGAUGCUGAAUGGAGCUCUGGGUUUGCAAGUAACAGUCUGAAUGUUUGAGGCUACAGUAGCCUUACUUUGAGAUCUUUGGAUGCAAAGCAGUAUAUAAGAGUUAGGUGUUAUUUUUUGUUACUGAAUAACUUUGGGCCCGACUUACACCAUUUGGACCAAGCACUGAUAGAUGCUGAAUCCCGAUAGUGCAAUUUUAUUCCCACUGACUACAGUAGAAAUUGUCGCUGCUCUGCACCUUUCAGGACCCAUAGAGAAACAUACUCUUCGGAAUGACACUGAUGUUCUUUGCAAUCAGAAGUACCACUGAAGUAAGAAGAGUCUGUCAUGCAACAGGACCAUAGUUUGCAGUCAACCGAGCUUUGCAUUGAAAAUGUGUCAUCUAGCCAAACGUUAAAAUUGGAUAAGAAGUAGUUUUCUCAUUGGUGUCAAGUCCUUUUUAGGAACCUCUCUUUAUAUACUAUGUAGAGAAUCCUUUAUAGAAACCUGCUCUCGUGUCAGCUGUCCUGGGGAGAAUGUGAGAUAGUGGCUGUCUAAUGGAGGUAGACACUGGGGGACAGGGGAAUUACAUUAUUAUUUACAGUUCUGUAUUAUCUGUGACUAUGAUGAGUUUUUAUUAAGCACCUGUCACUGCAGGCCUGUCUGAUAAAGUAACCCUUUGUUUUUCCCUCUAAAACAUUUUUAUUAUGGUGAUACAUAUAAAAUAAAUUGGGGUAAGGCAAAGCAUAUGGGAAAUAACUACAUGUACAAACAACAGGAGGGGCCAUUACAAUGCAAAACAGGAGCGAUGCAUAUCUGGAUUCCUAUCAUGCCUACAACUAGAUUCCCCUCCCCGGUCUUGCUCCAACUCCCACUGAAGUCAAUGGAAAACCUCCCCUACAAGCCAAAGGGAGUUGUAUUCUCCCCUUGGAUAUCCCAUGGCAACCUGGUGAGUUUCAAUGAGUUUGUCACAUAAUGGAGAAUGCGUUAGAUAGGCCUAGGAACAACGCUUCAUAAAAGAUAGACCAUGAAUUAGAAAGAAGAGGAAGGCCCUUUAGUUGUUUAUUUUCCUACAACUAAUUUUUGUAGCUUUGGAAAAGUCCUACCAGGCUGAUUCCCCUGUAGAAACCUAAUGGGCCAGAUCCUUGGUUGGUGGAAAUUGGCAUUAAAGUCAAUGGAGCUGGCUGGGGUCUGGCCUAAUGACGAUAAAGUCUCCUCCUAACCCGACUUUUUCCCUCAUUUCCAGCACACUGUCCAUUCCACUGCUAUUUUUUUUUAUCCCCUUGCCACUCUGUUUGUGUUAGUGCAGCAUCAGUUUCUUUUCUUUGUUGCAUCACUCUGCUUAGACGAUUGCAUUUUUUCUCCAUCAGUUCUGUCCCCUUAUUGCAGCUGGCUGUGAAGCAUCACCCACUCAAGUCCACAUGAGGUUCAGUGGAUGGUCAGAAAGACUUAUGGGAACUGCUAUUUGCCCAGUACAGCCCGGUGCCAUAGUUAGCAUGAAUUGAUCCCCUUAUUGGUAGCUGAUUUAUGGGGGCAGGAGGUAGGGCGUCCCGGGAGGUAUUGCAUGGUUUUAACCUCUGUGGCUCAGGGCAGCUCCAGGGGAAUGAAAGCCAAGAGGAGUGCAACAGACAGCCCAAGAUGCACAGGAGGGAGCUUUGUCUAGUGGUCAGAGCAUAGGACUGGGAGUCAGGCAUUCUGGGUUCCAUUCCUGGCUCAGUUACUGAGCCCUUGUGUCGCUCUGGGCAAAUCGCUCGGCCUCCCUGUUCCUGAGUUCCCCCCCUCGCCCCCCGUUCUGCAAUACAGACGUGCACAGUAUUAUUAUUGUUUUAUCGGCGCCUGGGGAACCCAGCCAUGUUCCUCUGUGCGUUCAUCUGGCCCCAAAGACACUGGUGCCUCUUUGCCAUCAGGUCCCUGGAUAUCCCUGCCCUGUCUCCUUCUCUCUCCUUAGAAACCCUCAGCAACUCAUUCAGCAGUUGUCGUGCCUGUGAAGACUCUCUGCUGGGAGGAUGAAUGAUCACAACACAUGUGAUUAUUGGUGGAUAAACAUUCUCAGCUCAGGUGUGACCUCUAUUGUCUAUGUUCUUCUCCUAGUAGUGCUUUACAUCAAGCUCAGCAGGAAAAUAGACAAUCAUUCCUGUAGCAAUCAGGCGAGCAGCAGCCCUUCUACAAAACCAGAACAACCCAACACUUCCCAGGCAGCACAGGAGGUUUUGAAAAGGCCGCGCAUCCAGGGUGACAGUGGCUCUUCCUCAGACAGCUCUGAGAGCUCAGACGGCAGCCCUUCCACUAGGAAGUGUCCUCGGUCAGAAGAAGAGGUCAAUUACACAUCCCUGGUCUUCCAAGUUACCGGUCGCAGCGCAAGCACUGCAGAGGACUAUGAGAACAUGAAGAUGGGAGAAGACUAUGUCAAUGUGGAUCCCAAAAAAAGGAAGGUGGAUUUCUGGACCUGCUCGAGCCCUGUAUCUUCCAAACCCGUGGAAUAUACUGAAGUGAAAUUGUGAUUUCUUGGGAUGCUAUUAACUAAGUUUUCCUUAGGAACAUCAGAAUUGCCACAGCAGGUCAAAUCAGUGAUCCAUUCUUAGUCCAUAUCCUGUAUCCUUCUCUGCACAUUUCACAUGGGUCACUGUCAACCUGUUCAUAUAGGUAUGUUAUCCUAAUCCUCAUCAGUUAGUGGCUGUCAUGUCCUGAAGCAUGAAGCUUUAUAUUCCUUACAACAUUUUAUUCUGCCUAAUGUAACUGUGCAUGUUCUUGUUAUCCAUACAAAGGUCUCUUCCCUUCUGGAUCCCACAAAGCUCUUGGCUGUGUUGAUACAAUGUGGCACUGGUUAUUCACAGCUGGUGUAAAAAGAGCAUUUCCGUUUCGCAGCGAUAAUUGUGCCCUUCCAUUUCAUUGGCUUCCCCUUGUUCUCCCAUUAGAGGAGAGAGUAAUUAAGAACACCCAAUAAAUAUAAUACAGGGCCAAAUCCUCAGCUAGUGUAAAACCUAAUUCAACUUCAAUGGCGCUACACCAACUGGGCUGGCCCUUUGAUUUGACUUGUUUUUUAUUUGCUUGAUAUCAAUUAAUUAAAAAAACCCAAACUUUUAAAUGCUCAAA